UUGAUAAAUAUUUAUAAGAUCCAUCAUCCAUCUCAUCAUUUCAUGUGAAGCACAAUCUGAGAAGACACAGCAAAUUAAGAUCCAUCAUCCAUCUCACCAACAACAUAUAUAUAGUACACACGUAGUGAUAACAGAAAAAAAACCAUGGGAGAUAAUCAUGAUUUCAUAAACUCAGGAAGCUGGUGGAAAGUAUCUUCUUCUUCCUCAAUAUCUUCUUCCUCUUCCAUGAGUGCAAACUCAAUGGAAUCUGGUGGUUCUGCUGUUUUCCAUGAUAAGCUUCAUCAUUCGUUAGCUACUGAUCACCAUCUACAGAUGAUUGGUUUAGGGCUUUCUUCACAAUCACAUGUUGAUCAAUGGAACCAAUCUCUCUUAAGAGGAGAUAGUAAAGCGGAGACAAGCUUUGGAGUGAUGCUUCAAGAGAAUCUCAAUUUAGAUGCGACCUCAAACGCAAACGCUAACACAACGUCUUACCAGCUGCAAGAAUCUGAUCCCUCUCACCACCAAGCUUUGUGGCGAGAUCCACACAUCAACAACAGCGAUUUCAAACCGCAGCUAAACAUGACGAGUAGCAACAACCGCGGGUUCUUCUUGGAUCAUCAGUUCAGCCCUCACGGGAGCUCAAGUACGGACAGUAGUACAGUGACAUGUCAAGGUUUCUCUUCUGACAAUCCGUCAAACAAUUUGUACGGACCAACGGCAACAACUCCUAACUCCUCUUCAGCUAUGUUUCAUCAACAACAGCAAUCAAAUCUUGGUUACUCUCAGUUCGGUUCAUCCACCGGAAACUACGACCAGAUGGCGACGGGGUUGAGAUUCUCUAACAACGCAACGUUUUGGAGCCCUGCGGCGACGGUGGGAAACGUGGUUCCUACUCAUCAUGACGCGACGUCCAACUUUUUCCCGGCGUUACAGCCGCCGCAGAUUCACGCGCCGAGUUUUGACGAACAACCUAAAAGUACAUCGGAGAUUCGAGAUUCGAGUAGCUGUGAAGUAAAAAGAGUCGGACUAGGAGGAGAUCAGCCGACGGCGAAAAGGACUAAGAGCGAACCAGCGUCUUCGUCACCACCUUUCAAGGUGAAGAAGGAGAAAAUGAGUGACAGAAUCGCCGCACUCCAACAAUUGGUUUCACCUUUCGGAAAGACUGAUCAAGCCUCAGUGCUCUCUGAAGCCAUUGAAUACAUUAAGUUCUUACACCAACAAGUUUCAGCUCUGAGUAAUCCAUACAUGAAAAGCGGAGCUUCAUUACAGCAUCAACAGAGUGAUCAUCCCAAAGAGCUAGAAGUAUCAGAAGAACCAGAUCUUAGAAGUCGAGGUUUAUGUUUAGUACCAGUUUCGAGCACAUUUCCAGUGACACAAGAUACUACAGUAGAUUUCUGGACUCCCACCUUUGGUGGGACUUUUAGGUAGAUCGAUAUAUACAUGAAAAAGUUGCAUUAGAUGUUGGUCGACAUAUAUUUUAACCUAUAUACACGUUGAUUUAUUGAGAAGGAAAUCAUCUCAUUUAAACAAAG